AUGUCCGAUCUUCCAAAUAAACAAGAGACUACGUUUCCCAAUGUCUCUGAAUCUUCCUCUUUAUCUUUUCUUGCCGAUCAAUCUUCCACAAUGUCCGCGUUAAUUAAAGAAAGUCUUAGUCCAUACGAACGCAAGCUCUUGGCAAAUCCACCUUACGUUUUGACCAUGUCUCUCGAUGAUCUCGUCGGUAAUAAAUGCAAAAAUCGUGGGAUGAAAAAGUUGUAUCCUCCGCGUCCUCAGAAUGCAUGGAUUAUUUUUCGCAAAAACUUUGAAAGCGAAUUCCGUUCUCGGUAUCCUAAUUCCAACGUUUUGGAAAUUUCCAAGAUCGCCGGUGCGAAUUGGAAAAAUCAACCGCGUUUGGUUAAAACAUAUUUCGAAACACUUUCUAAAUUGGCUCGCCAACAACACAAGCAUGAUUAUCCUAGUUACACGUACGUACCAAGAAGACAAAAACUGGACAGGUCGGAAAUCCGAAAGCAUAGAGAAUUAGUAAUCAUUGAAGGUAAAAUUUCGGGAUACGGAAGCAAAGAUAGCGCAAAUAAUGAAAAGAAUCGUGACGGGGCUGGAAAUAAAAAUAAGCAGACGGACAAAUGUGACGACGCUAAAGAAGUCUUACAAGAUACGCCGCAGCACAAAAGCUCGGCUAUGACACCAAGCCGUAUCGAUGUGCCGGAAUGCCACAAUGUAAACAACAUGCCAGCAGGCGAAGCUUAUCAGGCAGUUAGUUACGCAUGCACCGAACACGCUGGAAUUAACUACAAUAAUCUGCUGUUUCAUUAUUAUCCUGCUUAUAUGUUUCCUCUCGUUGAAAUGACGGCUGGAAAUGGACAACCAUACACUACAGUUGAUGGAUACGUCAACCAAGAUUACAGCGCUUAG